AUGUCCCUAUCUUGUUUCUAUAACCCUCACCAUGGUUCCUUGAUACAUGCCACCGGACAUGCAGAAGUGUGGACGGACUGGAACAGCACUUCCAAGUUUAGCCAGUAUGGCUGGAGAUGCACCACCAAUGAGGAUGCUUACUCCAACAAAACCCUUAUGGGGAAUUGGAACCAGGAGCGGUAUGAUAUCCGGAAAAUCGUGCAGCCCAAACCGCUUCCUUCCCAGUAUGCUCACUACUUUGAAUCAGUUUAUUCGUCAGAUUACAACAAGGAAAGGCAUCACGGCUCAAGAAGAUUUAAACUAGAACCUCAUUGGUUUCCUGGACACCAGCCUGAGCUGGAACCCCCUCCGCUCAAACCGACUGCACGGUCCUGCUACAUGAUAGAUUACGGACCUCCUCAAGGCAGAACUCCCCUCAUUUGUGACAUGCUGGGGAAAGAACAAGCGGGGGCGCAGCAAAAGCAAUAG